AUGCUGGCGGUGCUGGCUGCGCCGGCGGGGCUGAUGGGCUGCUCCUCCCCAGGGUCACUGCUGCCGGCUGGCGCGGCGCCACCGCUCGUCGCAUCUCUGGCUUUCCGGUGGCUGGCCUUCCGUAUCAUGCUCGGGGCUGGGCUGAUAAAGGCCAGGGGUGCCAAGUGCUGGCUGGACCUGACCGCGAUGUGCCAUCAUAUCGAGACGCAACCGAUCCCCAAUCCGUGGUCGCGUGCAUUCCACACCUUGCCGCGUCCUGCGCUGCUCUUUAUGACUGCCUGCAAUCAUGUCAUCGAGCUGGUCGCACCGUGGCUACUGCUGGUGCCCUGGACGCCCGCCCAGGCCACAUUUGGCGCCGCCCACAUAGUCUUCCAGUUCUCCCUGAUCCUCACAGGCAACCUGUCUUUUCUGAAUUGGCUUACCAUUGUGCCAGGGCUCUGGUGCUUCGACGACGCCACCCUGGUUGGGCUUCUUCCCCAGGCCACCGCCGAGCAAGCUGCCGCCGCGGUCGCCGCGGCGCGCGCCGCCAGCGACCAGCCAUGGCUCUGCACGAGCUCGGUGGCGGGGACGCUGCGCAGUUGCGCGGCGGUCGCGGCCAUUGCCUGGCUGUCCGUGCCUGUGUACAACAACCUCCUGGGGCCCCGCGGCGGCGGCAAGCAGCGGAUGAACUCUGGCUUCGAGAGGAGGGUGACCGUCCCAGCGUGGCUCCUGAGGCUCGGCCUGGUGCCCGCCACUGUGAGCACGCCUGGGCGCAGAGCCGAGGACGGCGAGCAGGCCGAGCUCGCCCAGAAGAGGCGGCGGCUGGAGGGCGGACCGGCUGAGCUGAGCGUGGACCUCUGCAGCCUGCGACUGCUGAACACCUACGGCGCCUUCGGCUCCGUGAACCUGGAGCGCGUCGAGAUCGUCUUCGAGGGCUCCCGUGACGGCAUCGCCUGGCUCCCUUACACGUUCAAGGCAGCGGUGGACGACCCGAUGAAGAGGCCCAGGUGGCUCUCUCCGUACCACCUGCGCCUCGACUGGUGCCGCUGGAUCGCGUCCUGCCGUGGCCGGCGCUCGAGCGGCCUCCAGGAGCCCUGGGCUCUGGCGUUCGUCCGCGCGCUGCUGGAGGGCGACGCGGAGGUCAGGGCGCUACUGGCCAGGGGCGGCGACCCCUUUGCCUCCGGGGCCCCUCUCGUCCGCGGCUCGUGCGGGCGGAGCUGUACCGGUACAGCUUUGCGCCGCCGCCGCGCACCGCCCAGGAGCCUAUUGGCUGCGGGAGCGCGUGGGCUGCUACCUGCCGCAGCUGGGCCUGGAGCGGGCGGCGUCCAUCAUGGCUGA